AUGACAUUAUAUAAUAAAAUUAUGAAAUUAUCAUAGAUAAUUUAUGAAUACCUGCAUAGAAAAUAUGCAAAGACGAAACAAAAGAACGAUGAUUCAUACUCUAAGCAAGUAAAUCGUACAAUUUAAUAAACAAGAUAGAAUUUGAAAAUGGAGACACAGUGAAUUUAAAGGGCUUCUCUUCUUCUGAAUUAAAAAACAAAAUCUCCACCAUACAAUCAUUGGGGAGCAUUCUAUGGAGAUAUAUGAAAAGGCCAUUCAAUUACAUUUUCCUUCUGAUCAGUAUCAUAUGUCUGAGCAUCACUCAAAACAAUUCCCAAGUUAUUUUUGGAUUUGUAAUACCAUUUCUUUUUGGCUUGGUGAUGUACUUGAUAAAAACCUUGUACUACAUGAUUUUGGUGCAUGAUGAAGACAAUCUAAUUAACCAGAGACAAGUGAUAGUGUUUAAGAAAUUGAAGAAAAUAAUGUAAAACAAGAAAAUCAGUUUAAUGGAAUAUGAGCAAAAAUUGAAUAGGACUCAAUUAAUUUCCACUUAAAGAGCCGAUAGGGGAAUGAUGCCAUCAUCUCCUUAAGCUCUGACAGAGUUGAAUGAAAGCGCUAAGAUCAGUAUAAUAGAAACAAUAAGAUGGGAGGAUUUGGAGAUUGGAGACAUAAUAAUAUUGAAGAGGAACGAGGUUUGUCCUGCAGAUUGCCUAAUACUGGAGUCGAACCAAGAGAGAUUCUACGUGAAUAACACAUGUGUGAAUGGACAGACUGAUGAAGGGGUAAAGGGUGCAAACGAAUUAACAUCUUUGCCUAAGAUGCAUUAAUUUAAAGGAAAUGGAUUUGAAUACCGAUUAUUGCUGAGUGGGACAGUGACAUUCGAUAAGGAUUACAAAUCCGAAUCCUUUUACACUGGAUUCAUUAGAUUGAAGAAUGAUCCUUAGCCUGUUGACAUAAAGAAGGAGAACAUUCUAUAUCGAGGAUAACAAUUACAGACUUGUGAUUAUAUAUACGGACUUGUUUUAAGUUGCGGUUUGAAUUGUCAAUAUUAUCAUUUGACCAAUUUUGAGAAGUCAACGAAAUCGUUCUUUGAUAGUAGGGUUGAUACCUUCUACAAAUUCACGUUAAUACUUAUAAUAGUGUUAUCUUUUGGAUCUUGGAUGAUUAAAUCAAUCAGAUUUAUUAAUGAUGGGUGGUAAAUAUAGUGCUUAGCCGAUUACUUUUUGCUUUAUCUGAAUAUGUUUCCGUAUUAUCUGAUAGGAGUGUUGGAUGUGUUGCAAAUUAUUUGUUCCAGUUAGAAGAUGUUUAAAUUCAAAAAGCAGAAGGGUGGUCAGAGUAACGAGAGUCAAGAGGAAUUCAAUAUCUUUUAGAAUCAUAAGAUGGAAUUAAAUACGGUGUACAGUAAGUUGAAUGCAACCCCUAUAGCUGAUUUAUCUUUGGUGGAUUCUGUCAUUUUUGACAAGACUUGUACGUUGACCAUUCCGCAAUUUAAGAUAAAAUUAAUUUUGAUUAAUGAAACAUUUUAUGAGAUUCAUAAUAAAACAUUUAAAAAUGCAAUUCAAUGGAAAAAGUAUUAGAAAGAUGUGUUGGAGAACUAGGAGAUGCUUUUCAUUCAAGAUUAAUCCUUAUCUCCUAAUUAAAUUUCAUCUAUUAAAGUGUCACCCCAUCAUAGGCCCAUGAGUCCCACUAAAAGGACUUCAAUACCACCUUGGAGAUUGGAGGACAACCUAGUGAAUAUUGAACCGAAUUUUGAGUAAGAUAUACGUGAGACAAGUUAAUAGGAUGAAGCCAAUUUCAAUGCUGAAGAAAUUGCUGACGAUCAUUCCAAAUUGAAAGAGAUCCACAGAACAAAACCACCAAAAUUGUUUUAAAUUGACUCUUGGGAAUCAGGAACUGAUCUAGGAGGAAUGAUAAAUCAGUUGAAUGAACAAAGAAUGAUUAAAUCCCAAUCUCCUAUCAAAGAGACAGCAAGACGUAAGUUUAGUGAGAGAAGACCAAUUUUAGAAAAGAUGGAACCCAAAAAGAAAUUAUCAGCUGAUCGAUUUUACAAGACUGAUGAAUUCAACAUUCAAUAUGAGAGACAAGAUGAUUUUAUAAGUAAUGAGAAAGAAAUCUAUAGUAAAUCAUUGACUCCAGAAUAUAGGGGAGUUAUUGAAGAAGCACUCUUUAUCCUCAUCAUUUGUCAUGAUACUCAGACUAAGUACCUACAGAAACUAGAUUCAUUAUAAUAAGAAUUUAACAAUCAAAUAGAUGAACUAUAAGUUAGUUUAGCUUCAAAUUAUGACUACAAGUUUAUUGGAUCUACAUUUGGUAAAAGCAAAUACAUUAUUGAAAUUAAGGAGAAUCUAUUGGAAAUCCCAGUGACAGUGACAUAAUUAGACAAUACUAAAUUAUGUGUAACAACUUAAAUUACAGAUUAUAAUAAAUUGUUAGCAUUUUAAUUCAAUGAUAAAUUUGAAUACAUUCAAUACAUUAGAGAAGAUGGAUUAGAAUUGAUAGAAGGUAUCAAUAUGGAUAAGGAAGACAAGGAUGUUUGGAAUGGGAUAAUCAAUAAGAUUAUAUAAAGAGGUUGUAGACCAAUAAUCUAUUAUAAAUGUAAUAUGGAUUAAAAUGGCUAUAAUUUAUUUGUAAAGAAUCCAUUAGAGGAGAUUAAAAAUAAAAAUAAUUAAUUAGAAGUGAUUUUAAUUGUCGGAGUGUAGGAAAAGAUGAAAAAGUAAUUGAAGGAGAUAAUCAAUUAUUAUCAUAAUGCAGAUAUAUCUAUUUGGAUAGCCAGUGGUGAUACCAAAAAUAAGGUAUUACCAGUUGCUUAUAAAUCCAACAUUCUGAAGGAAAAUAUUCAGGUUCUAACAAUAGAAUCCAAUGACAUGGUCUCUUAACAAAUCAAGUAACACAUUUUAUGGUGCUACAACAAUUUGAUUAAACAAUUGAGGGAAGAGCAAAAUGAUAAGAAGAAUAACGAAAAGCUUGGUAGUCCUAAUAGUUAUAAGAGAAAAUCAGUGAACGUUGCUCGCAGAGCCAGUACAAGAGGUGUUUUAAGUGGGAUAAAUAACAAUUUAUCAAAAAGUAAACCAUUUUGUAUAAUGAUUGAGGGGAAGGCCCUUGAGAUCAUUGAAAACGAUCAAAAUUUAUAUCAUCAUUUGGCAUUUUUAGUAUCCUUUUGUACUCAUCUAAUUGGAUAUUCUAUGAACAAGUAUUAGAAAGGUGUUUUAAUUAAGAUUCUAUAGAAAAAGUAAUUGUAAAGAAGAAGAAUCUUAGUAGUUGGUGAUGAAGCCAAUGAUUCGAUUAUCAUGGAAAAUUCAGAUUUCGCAAUACAAAUAUAGAAUGAAAGGAUUAAUUAAAAUAGUAAAAUAGAAAAGAUGGAAUAAAUUGAGAGACAAAAGAAAGAAAAUAAUACAAGUUAUUCUUAGGUUACAAACAAAUUAUCAAAAUAUAAAUAGAUAAAUUCAAACUAUUCUAAGAAACAGAUGGAAAAAUUUAUCUAUUCCAAAGUUAGAUAUAUGAGUACAGCAGAUCUAAUCAUAAAGGAUAUGAAUAAUCUAGUUACAUUGCUAUUUUAUGACAGUAGAAAACAUGCAGAGUUUGUCGAGAACAUAAUGAUCUAUGCAUUUUAUAGAUGCUAUUUGAUUAUGUUUUGCCUGUUUUUCCAAUGUAUUUUGGAAAUAGAAAAUGAAAUUCCUCCUCUCUCAUACUUCCAAUCUAUUAUGUUUAUAUUACCCUCUUUGUUAUUGUAUAAGUAAUCAAUCCUGAAUACUCAAAAUAUAACAGAUUUUAAACAACAAGUAGUAUACUUUUAUAAUCAGAAUUGGAUUCAAUUUAGAAAACAUAAAUAUUGGUUGUUCAUUUACAAAGUCUUAUUGUUUUCAAUUUUUGAAUCCUUCAUAAUCAUAUUCAUUCAGAAGCAUAUAGACUUUUUUACAAAUGAUGGCAAAGGUUUCAGUGAUGAUGCUUAAUCUCUAUAAAUGUAUACAAUAAUAAUCUUUGUUGAACAAAGUAAAUGGAUCUACGAUAGUAUUGUUUAUUGGUGGGCCUUAUUUAUAAUCCUAUAUUUGCUGACCUUAAUAAGCUAUAUUCCAAUCUUUGAUGAGACAUACUCAUAAAUUAUGCAACACCUGAUAAGUGUUUAAAGCGUGUUUUAUAUCAUACUGAUUAUCCUGAUUAUUUUCACACUCUAACUUUUAUUGUUUUAAUUUAUCCCUUAUACUGUUGAUAGAUUGAUGUUUUCAGUAAAAGCCAAGAUUGAAAUAUGUAGCUUAUUGAAGCCAAUUGAAAUUUAUUAUUCGAAGAAGAAGAUCAAUGGCUCACUUUUACUGAAUAUAUAAAAAUAUGCGUUGAAAUUAUUUAAAAAUGAAGAUGAUAUGGACUCAUCCAUAAGAUCAAUGUUGUCAGGCAUGGCUCUCAGUGAGAAGAGCAUAAAAAUCAAUAUGUUUACAUAGCAAUUCAAGAAUAUCUAAUUAGAGACAAAAUAUUAAAUGAAUGAAUCGAAAUCCAUUUUAGAAUAUUAUCGAUUCUAUUAUCCGCUGAGUUGGAUGUUAGUGGAAGGUGCAAUAUUGCUGCAGAUUUGGUUUAUCAAUAAGGAUGAAAAUUAUACUUGGCUAUUGUAUUUUUCAUUUGCAUACAAUGGCACCUAGAUAUUGAUGGCUCUAUUCAUUUACACAUCAGUGUUUAAGAAGCACCAUUUCAGAUUGUCUAAAAUCUUGAUCCUAUCUCGUCUGUUGUACAAGAUCGUAUAUGAUAUCUACUUUUUCUAACAGAACGACAAUUCAUUAAGUGACAUGCUUAUUAUGCAGUUGUUCAUGCUGCAACCAUUGAUAGAUGACAGACCCUUGACCAUCAUAUUCUAUUGCAUCAUAGUCAACAUCAGUUUCAUCAUCAGAUUCAGUGCCAACAACACAUCCAUCAAUUAGAAUAUCAAUUAAUACAUCAUGCUCAACUACUAUCUCAUUGCAUUUAUGUAGACAGCCUUGAGUAGUGGGAUGCAUUUGAGAGUGCAAAGGAAUUUGAGACAGGAGUUCAUCCAGAAUUUGUAAUUGAAUUAGAAAAUCAAUUCAAUAAGUGACACUCUCUCGAUUCUGAUGCCAAAGUUCAUCAGAAACAUGAUAAAUCAGAGAGGAGAAUUUGACAUAUAGGAGAACCAAGGAGAAGUGGCAAUCCUAUUUUGCGAUAUCUGUGAAUUCGAUACUAUAAUAAAGGUGCAACAAUAGAACGUGGUUCACUUACUUGACAUCCUAUUCAGACAAUACGAUUCAUUGUGUAAUUAAUACAAUCUGCAGAAGAUCGAAACUGUUGGUAAGACUUACAUGGCAGCUUCAGGGUUGAAGAAUCUAAUAUCCCAAAAUAAUAUUAAUCCAGUUCUAAGAGCUCUCCAAGUAGCCUUUGAAAUGUAGAAGUUUGCUUCAGCCCAGAGUUUUGGCCAGACUGAAAACAUUGUAGUGAAAAUUGGAGUGCAUUAUGGCAAUGUGAUUGCUGGUGUAAUAGGAUAUCACAAGCCUCAAUUUUCCUUGAUCGGUGAUACUGUCAAUACCACCAGUCGGGUUUGUUCUACUGCAUAGGAUAAUCAAAUCAAGAUAUCUGAGGAGGCAUACAAGCAGGUCUCCUCUUGUGCUGAUUUCACUUUUACUUUGGACCUAGUGGAGGCUAAAGGAAAGGGAUAAAUGACUACGUAUUUGGUAUAGGAAGUAAUAAAGGAGAAGGUUUCAAGAAAGAAAUUGAGAAAAUUCAAAGAUGACAUGUAGAUCUUCAUAAAUCGAGAAGAUUAUGUAGGCAGACAACGGAAAUCUAUAUUUGAAUUCAAGAACUCUCGAAAACCUACUAUCGUUUAAUCCAGUAUUAAGAUAGUGACACCUUAAUUGAUUCAUAAAUCGAGUAUCAACUUAGAUAAUCAAAACUUGGCAUUAAAUAAUAGUAAUAACAACAAUAAUGUGUCUCAGCAACAUUCUAGAGGGGAAUCUGAUUAGUUGCAACCUCCAAUAAAAGAGCAACAGGGUUAAACAAUCACAGGGUAAAAUCUAAUUGAGGCUCUUGAAAUUAAAUUAGCCAGAGAGAACCUUGUGUUUGAGGAUACUCUUGAGUUCCCAUUGAUUGAAGUGGAUAAAGAGAAACUAAAACAAAUCCAUUAAUCUGAAGAUGAAUUUAAAGAGAUGGAUGUGUUGAUCUUGGAUAAGAGCAGAUUGUACCUCGAUUUUCACUCAGAUGUCGAUGAGGAUGUCGUAUAAGAGUUUUAUGAGUAAUUGAGACAAUAAAAUAAAGUAUUGGUCAUUCUUUUGGAACUGGGAAUGAGUAUACUGAUACUUAUCCAGAACACAUCAACCAUUUUAAUAGACAAUAUUUUCAGAGAGAUUAUUGUUUUGUAUAUUAAUGUUGUGUAGGGAUACUUAAUAGUCUUUGUAAAGUUGAUUUUCAUAUGUUUGUUGUUCAAUGAGCAAUAUUGCAAUCACUUUUUCAAAUAGAAGUAUUUUAUCGGGUUCUACAUCUUUAUUUUAAUCUGGUGGAUCAUGCACAUCUUUAGUGUAAAAGAAGGUAUAAUAGGAGAGGUUUGUAUUGCCAUAGGUAUCUUCCUCUCCUUCUUGACUCAGUUGAACCCCAUAAUCAAAAUGAAAUACAAGGUUGUGGAAAGUGUUGUUAUGAUCUGUAUGAAUAUUAUUGCAGCUGUGGUUAAUAAAUGGGAUAAGUCCUUAAUUUAUUAUGCUAGUUUACUCUAACUAAUAUUUGUAUCAAACUAAAUCUAUAAAUUCUUGAAGAAUGUUGAAGCUUACAACUAAAAAUGCAAACUAAAAUACAAGCAUGAAUAAUUAGAUCAGUUAGUAAAACAUUAAUUGCCUACUCACAUGCUCGACUAGUUUUUACAAUUACAAUAAUCCAGAGCAGUCUUGAAGGAUUAACAUGAAGAUGUUACCCUUCUGUUUGCUGAUAUUGCUGGUUUUACAGAAUAUUCAAGUAAAGUAGCUCCUGAAUAAGUUGUGUUUAUGCUGAGAAAUCUAUUCACUGAAUUCGACAAGUGUUGUCAAGAGAAGAACGUAUACAAAUUAUACACGAUUGGGGAUUGUUAUGUUGUCAUGGGGAUGGUAGAUGCUAAAGACAGGAAUCCAGCUUUGGAGGCUAAGAAUACAGUGGAAAUGGCAUUUGAAAUGAUUAAUAUCAUUAGUAAGGUCAGAGACAAAAUUAAUAAUUCAGACUUACAUAUGAGGAUAGGGAUUCAUACUGGUAAAAUCAUAGGGGGAGUUCUUGGAACAGAUAUUGUAAGAUAUGACAUCUAUGGACCAGACGUAUUGAUAGCAAAUAAAAUGGAAUCUAAGGGCGAAAGAGGUUAAGUACAAGUUUCUGAAACUACCAAAAAAACAUUGGAAUUAUGUUAUCCUGAAGAAUUUCAAUAUUAAUCUCAUUGCAUGGUGAAAAUCCCAUCAAUCGACAGAAAUACUGAAGGCCAUUUCAUUUAAAUUAAGACCUUCCAAGAACCAUCUAUGGAUAUACAGAAUUUUAAUUGA